CCCUGUGCUUGCCCUCGGUCUCUGCUUGCCUUUGACUGGCUGCUACCUGGCAACCGCUUCCUGUCUUCCUGGUCCUCCACGAAUUCGCUUUUUACCGACUAUGAUUCGAUCUACGCUCAAGAUGCUACUCGGAGUGGCAUUGCUGCUUUUUAGUAGCAUGCUGGCUGAGGCGGGGUCUUACAACGGGUUGAAUCUCUUGCCUCAAAUGGGGUGGAACAAUUGGAACGCGUUCCAUUGUGAUGUCAGCGACAAUCUGCUCUAUGAGACCGCUCAGCAGAUAGUCAAGCUCGGGCUCCGAGACGCAGGAUACAAGUACGUUGUCCUAGACGACUGCUGGUCUAGCGGUCGCAACGACAGCGGAUAUCUUGUUGAGGAUGCAAAAAAAUUCCCGCGAGGGAUGCCGGCUUUGAUAUCUGAUAUCCACGCUCUCGGCUUGAAGUUCGGCAUAUACUCAUCUGCUGGAGUCAUGACUUGUGCGCAAUACAAAGGCUCGCUCGGCUAUGAACAAAAAGACGCGGAUCUGUGGGCAUCCUGGGGUGUGGACUACCUGAAGUACGACAACUGUUACAAUGAAGGUCAGAGUGGAACCCCUAAAUUGUCAUUCGACCGCUACAAGGUAAUGUCCCAAGCCCUUGCAACCACCGGUCGAAAGAUCGUCUACGCUCUCUGCAACUGGGGCAACGACGACCCAUACGACUGGGCGCAAACACUCUCCAACUCGGGCCGCAUGAGCGGCGACAUCAUCGACACCUUCAACCGCCCCGACGCCCGCUGCCCAUGCACAGAAUCCGUAGGAUGCGUCUGGCCCGGCUUCCACUGCUCCGUCAUGAACAUCUUGAACAAGAUGGCGGCCAUUCAACCUCGCACAAUCCAAGGCUACUACAACGACAUGGAUAUGCUUGAAGUCGGCAACGGCGGACAGACGGAUUCAGAGUACGUUGUCCAUUUCUCCAUGUGGGCGAUGCACGCGUCGCCUCUUUUGAUCGGGACGGAUAUCCGCAAGCUAUCCCCCGCAAAUCUCGCUAUUUAUUCCAACCCGGCCAUCCUUGCGGUCAACCAGGAUACAUCUACCAGCGCCGCUCAUCGCCACUGGCUCUACCGUGUGGAACCCGAUCAGUACGGCGAAGGCGAGAUCAGCAUGUGGACGCGCGAACUCAGCAACGGGGAUACGAUCCUCGCGCUUAUUAACGCGGGUAUGCAUUCCUUGUCCAUGAACAGCACGCUCGAUGAGAUCUUCUUCGAUGGACCGUCACAGCGGAAGCAGACGUGGGAUGUGUAUGAUCUGUGGGCGAACCGUAUGAGUGAGGACGAAGCCUCGGGCAUCAUCAACGGAGAUGACUCGCCUAUCUCUCCGACUAGCUCCACGAGGUUCAAUGCCUCUGCUAUGAGUUAUGACGAGGGGAUCAAGAACGGUCACCCUGCGUUGACGGGAGGAAAAGUCGCGAGUAUCGAACCGGGAGGCACGUUUGCGAAGGAGAUUCCUAGCCAUGGCGUUGGAAUUUUCCGGUUGAAGGCUGCCAAGUAG